GCGUUGCUAAGCUCCGCCAGGUCACAUGACCAGACCUUUAGUUUAUUCAGUCGCUCGUAUCUGUGACCGACAUCCUACCGCAUCCAUCGAUGGUCUCUCUUAGCGGGACGUGCUCUAGCCGUAUCCGCGAAACAACUCCUGCCUGUGGGUCGAAGUCACACGGCGGGGCAACGUGAACAUCAACAGGAAGAAGAGCAGCGGGGACCGCACAACACUUUCAGCAAACGAUCCGUCCAGGCAAGUGCAGCCCGACGCAAGACCACCUCCACGGGCUUUAAUCUCUCCACUACGGGGGCCAAAGCGAAGAAAGAGCACAUUUGCCCUAAAAGGAUGAAACUCUCUCAAGCUUUUGCGGCGCUCAUCAUCGCCUGGUUUGCAGAUUUGGGUUGCAUUCAGGCGGCUUCUUUUGAGGUGAAAGAGGGGAACUCCACCUGCAUUAAGGCGCAGCUCUCUGCAACGUUCUCCAUCACAUACAACACCUCCACCGGCACGAGAACCGCGUCGGUCUCUCUGCCCGACUCGGCCACGUUGGACGAGGACAGCAGCUCGUGCGGAGCCGCCAACAGCUCCUCGUGGAUGGUUGCGCUGUUUGGACCGGGCCACACACUGGGGCUGAGGUUUUCAACCAAUGGAAGCCUGUACAGUGUUGCUAACCUGACGCUGCAGUACAACCUCAGCGACACCGCCAUCUUCCCGGAUGCCAACAGCUCAGGUGUGAUCACUGUGGCGUCUCCUUCGGUUGGGAUCUGGGCGACGAUCAACACCACCUACCGCUGCGUGAGACCCUCCACUUUCGGAGUUGGAGACGAAGCUGUCACUUUCUCCAACAUGACGCUGCAGGCGUACAUGGCGGGAAAUGACCUGAGUCCAACAGAAAGCGUGUGUACGGCAGACACGGCCAGCACGGCGGCUCCACCCACCACAGCCGGCACAACAACAACCGCUGCCCCGGCUCCAACCCCGCCGGGAACACCCGAGCGCGGCACCUACUCGGUGACCAACAGCAACGGCACCGCCUGUCUCCUGGCCCAAAUGGGACUGCAGCUCAACGUCUCCUAUUUCUCACUAUCUCAGAAUAAGACCGUCCGAGAAUUGGUGAACCUGACUCCCAAUCUGACGCGCUCAUCCGGUUCGUGUGACGCCAGCAGUGCUUCCUUGGUGAUGAGCCAGGGCGAAAGCACCACGCUCAACUUCACCUUCACCCUGAACGCCACGAGCAGCAAGUACCACCUGAGUGGGAUAACCCUGCUUGCCAAUUGGUCGGAUUCUGCUGCUCCCUUCUCAGCUAGUAACAGCAGCCUGGACUACCUGCGCAGCACGCUGGGCCGCUCCUACAUGUGCAACGCAGAGCAAACGCUGGUUGUCGUGCCAACCUUCUCCGUCAACACGUUCCGACUGCAGGUCCAACCCUUCAAUGUCACCACCACCCAGUUUGCCACAGCGGAGGAGUGUCAGGUGGACCAAGACCAGAUGCUCAUCCCCAUUAUCGUUGGAGCAGCGCUUGCCGGCCUGGUGCUGAUCGUCCUCAUUGCGUAUCUAAUAGGCAGGAAGAGGAGCCAUGCUGGGUACCAGACCAUCUGAAUGGACGGACGGACCGAACCGGUCAUAGAGACGAGGAUGAGCUUGUGGAAGCAGGUGUUGCUCUGUGGCAAGUGCAUGUUUUUGCAAACCCCAUGGAUAUUUACAAUCUCCCCUCAAUUUCUCUGAGAUGAGAAGCCAAAGACCUGCUAGCUUAAGAUGGUCUGCAUCCUGAUGAAGCCAGAGAGGAUGGAGGCAGUUUGGAUUUUCUGUAGCAAGUUCACAGCCAACUGUCCACUCUUUUUCAAUUGCAUUCUUGGAAUUGUUUGAAUUUGCUUGGAGUGCAGUUUUUAUCAAUGUAAUUAUUUAUUUUUUAAAAAGUCAAUAUGCAAUUUGAGUCAUGAACUUUAGGACAAAGCGCAAACGUUCCUAUGCCUACACAUGCUCAAUAGCAUUUAUUUUAUUUUUUAAACUUCACCAGCUGUAGUAAAUUCUCCCUUGGAAGCCUGUGUGUCUUUUUCCAAUCACAUUCCUGUGCAGUGGCUACUCAAACGCAGACUGGUGAUGAGGUGGCAAGAUGUUUAACGGUGUGCAGUGUUCCAGCUGUGCACAGAGUGCAACUGCAUUACUGAAAUAUAUUUAGCAAGUAAACAGGUGUAUGGUUUUUUUUCCCUGAAUCUCCUAAAGAAAUGUUUUUGAAUAGGGAUUUAAUUUUAUUAUUUAUAGAAAUGGUUCGAUCUCAUUUUCUAUCAUGCAUCUUUCUGAAAGUCAAUAAACAUCUUAAUGGAU